CGAGCACUGUCAUUAGCUGGGCACACGUUCACUAAAUUAUGACUAAUUAGCUGUUAGCACGCCUCAUAAAUAUGACCUUUUAUUGCAGCCAGCGGUCGUUGUUGUGACAUUUCUUUUAGGCUGUCUGUCCACAUCAUGGCGUUUUCCCUGAGAAACGAAGCCCGCAGGCCUGAGAGCCCGGACACCGAUUCUCCGGCACUGUCCACCUGCAGCAACGCAGACAUCUUCCGCAGGAUGAACACUAUGCUGGGCAACGCUCUGGAUUUCACCGGUGUGUGCACCACACCCAACACCAAGGGAAAACCAAACCUGAUGUCCGAGUCGGACCUGGCUGCAGUGGGCAGCAGGAGGAUGCUUUUCCCAAACUGCGAUGCCAUGCCUGGCUCUCAGGAGAUGUCGUUAUCCAGGGACGCGUCGGGUGUCACAGACCUGGGCCUGGGUCUUCAGUCUCUCCGUCUGUCUGGCUGGGACAAACCUUGGAGCAGCCAGGAGGCAGAUACACACACCUCCCCAUCUCACGUUCAAACCAGCUCACCCUCCAUGUUGGGUCUACUGAACAGUCCCUUCAGUGGCCUCCUUGGAAAGCCCCCAGGCUACCUGCCCCCCGAUUCCAUGAGCAUGACGGCUGACUUUCUGGAGAAGUUUCCCGGUGUUGCUCGCAUGGCAAACCGUCUAGACUCGUGCUCCUUUUUGGACUCUCGCUCCAGCAGUCCUGAAGACUCGGAGACCAGUGGAUUCAGCUCUGGCUCGGAUCACCUGUGUGACAUGUUGUCCACUUUGCGGAUUUCCCCUCCCCUGCCUUAUCUCACGUCAAACGUGCAGAAGGACCUGCUGCGACUGGGCUCUCGCCUGGACCCUCAGGACACUAGCUCUCCUCUGACCCCUCCAUCCAGUGCCAGCCCUUCCUCCUUGGCUAUUUCCCGUCGCUGGCGUGCUGGCUCUUCAUGGCCAGGUGCAGAUGUACUUGAUCAGCCAGAGGAUGCUUUCAGCAUUGAGAGGGAGGCCCGCCUGCAUAGACAGGCUGCAGCUGUGAAUGAGGCGACAUUCACCUGGAGUGGACAGCUGCCUCCCCGUAACAAUAAAGAUCCUCUUUACUCCUGCAAGGUCUUUCUUGGUGGUGUACCCUGGGACAUCACAGAAGCUGGCCUGAUCAACACCUUCAGUGGUUAUGGUCCUCUGACUGUGGAAUGGCCGGGUAAGGAUGGAAAGCACCCUCGCUGUCCUCCCAAAGGUAAUGUCGCCAAAGGUAACAAAGAGCUGGUAGGCUAUUUUUUUUCCCUUCUGGUUUUAAGGUGCCACUGUGGUGAGCAUGUAGUAAGGUGGACGGGAAGCAAGGAUGUCUGUCCUGAAUGCUGUGGCUCUUGGCUGCUACAGGUGCAGGUGAUACCCUGGGUGAUCUCUGACAGCAACUACGUGCGUUGCCCUGCUCAACGUCUGGACCCGAGUAAGACGGUGUUUGUUGGUGCACUGCACGGCAUGCUGAAUGCUGAAGCGCUGGCCAGCAUCAUGAACGAUCUCUUUGGAGGAGUCAUGUAUGCUGGCAUCGACACGGACAAGCACAAGUACCCAAUAGGCUCUGGACGUGUCACUUUCAAUAAUCAGCGCAGUUACCUGAAGGCUGUGUGCGCAGCAUUUGUGGAGAUUAAAACACCCAAGUUUACAAAGAAGGUUCAGAUUGAUCCCUACCUGGAAGACUCCAUGUGUCAAGUUUGCCUUCGCCAACCUGGACCUUUCUUCUGCAGAGAUCAGGCCUGCUUCAAGUACUACUGCCGCUCCUGCUGGCACUGGCAGCACUCGAUGGACAUCUUAAGCAACCACCGGCCCCUCAUGCGCAACCAGAAGAACAGAGACUCCAGCUAGAGGAGACGGAUUCAGAGUCCCUGAAGGGCCAGAGGAGGUGCCCGUCUGCACGGGGCAAGGCUGCCCGCCAAGGAGAGCACGUGUGCCAGACCUCCGGUACAAGGAUACCAUGGCACACCACCAGGCACUGGGGAUAUCACUAUAGAAAAUGUUCACUUUUGCACUUGCUACAUUUUUGCUGUUCACAGUGGCACUAUGCACAGUGACCUUGUUGGGAAAGACAAGGAGCCCUUCACUCUUAUGCAUUUUCCCAGACUUGUGGCCAGAUGGAAAGAUGGGAGUCAGCCUAAGGUUAAGAAGUGGAUGAAAACACCAUUUCUUUAAAUUUAUUUUUUUUUGGUUUACAUGUGUUGCAUAGUGAAGAGCAAUCACGCAAGUCUCAUUGCCGUUCAUUGGCAAACGCCAUACAGUGCCUUUAAAUUUUUAUUUCCUCCCCCCUCCCCCUACCCCCAGUUGGCAUCAGUUUUUUCCUGUGCAAGCCAACUGGUGUUUCUUACUUUUGGGAGUUGAAUGUUGGGCUUCAUUUAACCAGUCGCAUUUCAGACAUUUUUACGCAGUUUUUUACUAAUUUGUACACAAACGGUUUUAAGUCAUGACAUGAAAAUUCUGAACAAUUAUACCCAGUGGCUGUUUAUGGGAAAACCCCCUUUUAUUUUUUUUUUUCCUGGCUUUUUUUUUCUUUUUAAUUUGCCCUCCCAAAUUUCAACUGAAUGGGCACAAAUUGUUGGAUGUACUACUUCGACUUUGUUGGUCCAGUUAUAUUAAAUGUAACGGUAGUACUGGAUAACUCAACUGGUAAUCCAUUUUCUUUUUUCCAAGCAACUGAUAGAUCUUGAUGAAAGUACAGUGAGCAAAUCAUUUGUACAUAGUUUGAUUUCUGUUUUUGCACUUUUUAAUUUGCACGUGUGGAGAGGUGGCAGUGGUUUUUAAUCACUUUUUGUACAUCGGCAGGGGGACAUGCCUAUGUUAGAACAGCUGCUUGUUUCCUGUUGAAUGUAAGAACUUCCACUUAGCUGAUGAUAAAUUAUCUAUCCCAGAGCUUGAGUAGACCAGUACAUGAUUCAAUGCUUUCUUAUCCCAUUUUGCCUUCCUGUUCCAGUUGGACAUAAAUGCAUAAUAAGCUGUGUGCCAAAGACGAAGUGUCUUUUCUUUAUCCAUUAGGUUUGUCAUGCUGAGCUUGUUGUCCCUUAGCCCAGCUGCUUUUUAGAGUUUUGAAAGUCUACCUCAUUGUGGUCUGCCAAGUUUGCUGCUACUUAACAGUUGUGGAGUAUGUUCAGAUUGGGCACAAUAAAGGUGUUUAAGCAUUA